AUGGCUGCCCCCGAGUCCAAGACGACGCCGUCGGAUUUCUUCCAGGCCAUCGGCGACAAGGUCGCUGGCGACGAUGACCAGAAGGUCGUCGAGGAGAUUGAGUCUCUCUGCAUGAACUGCGGAAAGAAUGGCAACACCAGACUCCUUCUCACUUCGAUCCCCUACUUCCGCGAAAUCAUCCUCAUGUCCUUCUCCUGCGAAGAGUGCGGCUUCGCCAACAGCGAGGUCCAGCCCGCUGGCUCCAUCCAGCCCAAGGGCACAUACUACGAGCUCCGUCUGACCGCCAUGGAGGACUUUGCCCGCCAGGUCGUCAAGUCCGACACCGCCACCGUCAAGUUCAUCGAGCUCGACCUCGAGGUCCCCGCCGGCAAGGGCCAGCUUACAAAUGUCGAGGGUCUCCUCUCCACCAUCAUCAACGACCUUGAGUUCGGCCAAGAGGCCCGCAAGGAGCAGAUGCCUGAAGUCUACCCCAAGAUCGCUGAGAUCAUCGCAAAGGGCCGCGCCAUGCUGGAAGGCUCCUCCUUCCCCUUCCGCGUCACCGUCGACGACCCCGCUGGCAACUCCUUCAUCACCCCCGAUCUCAAGGACGGUGUCGGCAAGUGGGAGAAGCACGAGUACCUCCGCACCCCCGAGCAGAACGAGGCUCUCGGCAUCUCCGCCGCCCAGGCUGAGGCCGCCGCCGCCGCUGCCAACCCUGGCCUUACCGCCGAGGGCGACAUCAUCCCCAACGAGGUUUACAGCUUCCCCGCCACCUGCCCGGGCUGCAUGCACCCCUGCACCACCCACAUGAAGAUGGUCGACAUCCCCCAUUUCAAGCAGGUCGUCCUCAUGUCCACCGUCUGCGACGACUGCGGCUACCGCUCCAACGACGUCAAGACGGGCGGCGAGAUCCCCGAAAAGGGCGAGAAGAUUGUCAUCUCCAUCUCCAACGGCGCCGUCGACCUCGCCCGCGACAUUCUCAAGUCCGAGACCUGCGCCCUCGAGUGCCCGGAGCUCAACCUCGCCGUCAACCCCGGCACCCUCGGCGGCCGCUUCACCACCAUCGAGGGUCUCCUCACCCAGGUCCGCGACGACCUGCGCAGCCAAAUCUUCGAGGCCAACGGCAACUCUGCCUCCAGCGGAGGCGACUCCCUCAUUCCCGAGGAGAAGGCCAAGUGGGAGGAGUUCUUCGGCGGCCUCGAUGCCGCCAUCAACGGCGAGCGCCCCUUCACCAUCGUCCUCACCGACCCCCUCGCCAGCAGCUUCGUCCAGCCGCUCGUCGACCCCCCCGCCCCGGACCCGCAGAUCAAACGCGAGUACUACGACCGCACGGACGAGGAGGAGGAGGAGCUCGGCCUGAAGGACAUGAAGGUCGAGGGCUACGAGGAGGACGCUGCCGCCGAUGCCGCCGCUGCUUCCGCGGAGAAGACGGAAGAAGAGAAAAAAGGUGCUGAGUUUGACAAGAUCCUCGAUGCCAACAUGGGCAGGUGA